UCCUCAGGUAGCACUUCCAGGCUAAAGUGUGUUUGGUCCCAGUAAGAUUGUGCUUAACCUACUACAUUUGUAGCUGACAAUGUUAAUAGACUAGUCUAAUAUCAGCAAUAUGCACGUUUUUUUUACCAUUAUUACAUUUUGCAUAUCCUUAAAUCUCCACGUCUUUGGUGCGGGGUAGUUUACACACAGUGCAAGGCUACGGGUCGUCUCUGACUAAUAUACCAAACUGUAGGAAGCAGAAAGAGUAGUAGUAGUAGUUAUUUUCUUAAAUAAUUCAUUAAGGCGGCUUUGAUUACAAAAUAAAUUAAAAGCACGGAAGGGUUUUAGGGUUGAAGAGUUAGAAGGACGUUUUCAUCACAAACCAGACUGUUUAUGAACACAAAUGCCAUCAAGAAACCAUCUUGACAAAAUCGGACGAAAGAAAAAGAAGAAAUGGUCGGAGGAGGCCAUGGAGCGUGCGCUGAUCGAGGUGAAGUCCGGACGCUGCACGGUGAGACAGGCCGCCAAGGAGUUUGGAGUCCCCAAGUCUUCGCUCGGGGACCGAGUGAGUGGGCGGGUGACGCCGGGGAGCCGCAGCGGUCCCGCCCAGCUCAUCACCUCUGCAGACGAGGAGCUGUUGGUGGAGUUCUCCCUGUACAUGUCCAAACAUGGGUUCCCGCUCACCAAGCAGCAGGUGGUGUCCUUCGCAUCCUCGAUUUACAAGCGGCAGCACCGGCGGGUGGCCUUCUCCAAACUGGGCCAGACUUGGUGGCUCAAUUUUAGGAAACGGCAAGAAAGGAACAUUACGAUUCAGCCAGCCGACAACGUCGUCCGCGGGAGGACGGCGUGCGUGAGGAAGGAGGCGGUGGAUCAGUUUUUCUGCCUGUUGAGCACGGUCAUGGACGCGCACGGCCUCAGAGACAAGCCUCGGCAGAUCUACAACUGCCAUGAAACGGGUUUUCACCUGGGCCGGAAGAGGGGACACGUCCCCAAACCUGCCGGUCUGGGCUGCAAGCCGGCGCCGGGCUCCAGGGAUCACGUCUCCAUCCUGGCCUGCUUUAACGCGGCGGGAGACGACGUCCCCCCAUUCGUUAUCUACUCCAGGGCUUACCCCGGGGGGGUGUGUUACAAGACACAAGGCCCGACCAAUGCCCUCUACGGCUGGUCGGACUCGGCGUGCGUGAACUCGGACCUCUUUAAGAAAUGGUUUCUCAAGCAUUUCCUCACGCACGCGCCGAAGGAGCGGCCGCUGCUCCUGGUGUUCGACGGCCACAAGUCGCCGGUGAGCCUGGAGGUGGUGGAGUCGGCUCGCAGGGAGAACGUCAUCCUCCUGUGCUUCCCCCCUCACUGCUCCCACAUCCUGCAGCCGCUGGACGCCGGCCUGUUUGUGGUUCUGAAGCAGCGCUUAGCGUCCGUCACAGGCGAAGGCUGCGCCGCCGACGCCCACUUUGCAAUCAGCAAGAAGGACUUCUCCGGCGUUUUUAAAAGAGCUUAUCAGGUAGCAAAGGAAGAGGAAGGGCUCAGGAUUGUGCGGGAGGGCUUUAAGAAAUGCGGCUUGUACCCGCUGAACCACUUUGCCAUUAAUGGAGGCAACUCGAUGCCAUCACACGGCAUCGGCCCCACGGCUGGAACCUCCUUGUCGAUAUCGGCUCAAACAAUGCACGCCGUGGGAGAGCUCACAGCUGCCGAGGCCUCCUCCUAGGAACUGGAGGCUCCCUAAUUGAACAAAACUCUCAAUCUAAAGCAGUUCUGAAGGGAACAGCAGGAACAAAUUGUGGCUAUUUUUGGUGUCGUGAAAGAUGUUUUAAAUUUAAAUCAUUUCUCUAACAACUCCCUGUGCUUGUAAAAUACCUGCGGCUCCAAAUGAAGCAAUCCUGGAAGGAGGAAACAUGGGGGUUGUUGCUUCAGCUUAAGUAAAUCACAAGGACGAGACGAUGGAAACUAAAACUAAAGAGCAUCAGUGUUUUCUUUUGUCUAGCACGUAAUUGAAAGCCAGACUAUUAACGACAGUAAACGUGUGCAAAGAAUACUACUAAGCUCUCAAGUGCUUUACCCUUUUGUACAAAAUCCCUCGAAGUUAAGAGAAAAGUUAAAGAACGCAUUCUGAAUAUCUUUGCUAGGAUAAAAGAAACACUGUUAAAAAAGAAAAAAUGCCAUAUUAUGAAGUUUUUCUCACGGUAUUGUAGAAGAAACAUAUGUUUGGCUUUGUUAAAAUGUAGGUUGAGAUUCUGCAGGAUUUAUUUUGCUUUAAUGCUCAUGCCAAAUUUGCCAGAUUUUCCAAAGAGAUCCACUUUUAAAACCUGUUACUCAGUUAAAGUCUAUUGCGAAACAAGCGAGAGCGAAAGGCCCAAUAACUUAUUUUUAUAAAGCUGGGGCACCUACAAAGGUCCCUGAGGGACACCAAAACACAAACUGCUUUGCAUUCUUCCUGCUUAGAGACUUUGGUCAUUUUUAUGAAGUGCAGAAGUUCGAGUCGGUGAACUUGAACAUGUGUGGAGGAACAGCCGAGAUACUGAGAGUUCAUCACCGCUGUGUUUAACUGCAGAAAGCUGCACAAAGCUUUAACUAACCAUCUGCUUUUAGUAAAAGCACAUUUGGUGCGUGAGCAGAACUGCUUGAAACUGUUUUGGUAUCAUACCAAUACAAAGAUACAGCAACUCUGUGUUGAUCAUGUCACUUAGCAUCAUGAUACUUAUAUAUACUAUAGAGGAUGUAAACGCUGUAACAGCUGCAAUGUUGAAGAUUAUAGUCAUUUUGAGAUGAGAUGUGUUGACACUGCCAGUUAAGGACAAUACUCUGCUGAUAUUAUGGAAAUGAGAGAUAACAUGUCACUAAUCAUUGAUUAUUCAAUUGAAUUAAUAGUCUGACACCGUAUAGCUGCUAGUCCCGAGCACAGCUCCUUUUGCUCGGGGUGGCUGUGAUGACGGCUUUGUGGCUGGAUAAGGAGCUUCUGAUGUACCUCAGUCUAUGGUGCUGUUGAUAUCACCCAUUGUACCUGAACCUCCCACGAUACACGCGCCGCUAACGCGCCGCUAACGCGCCGCAGCCGUUGGGACUUCAGUGCGAGGCCCCGACCAGUCCACCGGCGACUACCCAAACCUCGCGUUUACUGUUGCAUCCAUCAAGAGCAAAUGUGUCCCGGCCGGUGUGGCAGAAAUUGAAGCACAGCCACCGCUGCUGUCACGUUGAGAGAUGUGCCACCCGAGUCUUUAGUCAUAAUUACAGAUGCAGCCUGUCUCUUCAGCUGCCAGUAACCGAGUGGAUGAACUGCCCCUCUAGUUUUCUCUCUACGUGCAACAGUGCAGACUCGUCUCAGACUCGCGUUAGUCAAUACCAGCAGCAGACUGCUACAUAAAACAUUACACUGUAGGAUAAUACAUUACACUGUGUAAUGAUACCACAUGACAAAACCUUAUCGAGAGGUAAAAAGUUCACCUUUUUGUGCUGUAACCUUUUCAGAUGUGACUCUAGAAGACAUGUUCUGUAUCAAAAAGCUCUGGACAAAUGUGAAAGUUGUAUUAAUGUGGAGGGUUUGUGUGAAUGAGUUGAACCACUGUGUGAUGAUGCUGUAGAGAAGAAUUGAUCUCAGGGAGGAAAAAAAAAAACGAAA